AUGGGCUUCUGGGUGAGCUGGCUGGGUGUAGAAUGGAUAGUCUUUUGGUCAGAUGGCAAAGCACACUUUGAGGAGAAAGAGAUGCAACAGAUAUUGGGCAACUUGUGGUUCCUUGGCAUAGCAUUUCUUGGGAUUGGAUUGUGGGCAUGGAAUGAAAAGGGAGUGCUGUCCAAUAUCUCCUCCAUCACUGACCUGGGAGGCUUUGAUCCAGUUUGGCUCUUCCUAGUGGUAGGAGGAGUUAUGUUCAUUUUGGGAUUUGCAGGAUGCAUUGGAGCUCUGCGAGAGAAUACCUUUCUUCUCAAAUUUUUUUCUGUGUUUCUUGGAAUUAUUUUCUUCUUGGAGCUCACUGCUGGUGUUCUAGCAUUUGUUUUCAAAGACUGGAUAAAGGACCAGCUGUAUUUCUUUAUAAACAACAAUAUCAGAGCUUAUCGAGAUGACAUUGAUUUGCAAAACCUCAUAGACUUCACACAGGAAUAUUGGCAGUGCUGUGGGGCUUUUGGAGCUGAUGACUGGAACCUUAAUAUUUACUUCAAUUGCACAGAUUCCAAUGCAAGUCGGGAGCGCUGUGGUGUGCCAUUCUCUUGCUGCACUAAAGAUCCUGCCGAAGAUGUUAUUAAUACUCAGUGUGGCUAUGAUGCAAGGCAAAAACCAGAGGUUGAUCAGCAGAUUGUUAUCUAUACUAAAGGCUGCGUCCCUCAGUUUGAAAAAUGGUUGCAGGACAAUCUUACCAUAGUUGCUGGUAUAUUCAUUGGGAUAGCAUUACUGCAGAUAUUUGGGAUAUGCUUAGCCCAGAACUUGGUUAGUGACAUUGAGGCUGUCAGAGCCAGCUGGUAAAACUGCUGAUGUAACCACAACAAGACACUGGACAGCUGAAACCCUCUGAAACCUCCAGUGUGUCACUCCGACACCAAGCUGUAUGGACAUGAGUGACAGGGAAGCCUUCUCUCCCAAGUAGUUGCAAGUCUAAGUUCCUGAUAUUGCAGUGAACUCGUGUUUCUUUGGGGUGGAGGAGUGAAGAGUGGGCUAUUUAAAAUCUGCUGCUCACCGGCAGUUGUUUUUGUUUU